GAGUGCGCGUCCCUAAUCAUCCAACCAGCCCGCGAGACUGCACUCCUCAAACCAAACCCAGCCGAACCAAGCUGAGCCGAGCUGAGCCGAGCCAAACCAGUCCGAGCAUUCAGCCCCUGCCGCCCCGCACAGAGGCAGCGGAGGAGGAACGAUGACCUGGUAGCGCAUCUUUACGCACCCGACCCGCCGUCCGUCCCUCAGAAACCCUCAUUCUGUCUCUUUACGUUUAAUUCUCACGCCGACACUAUGGAGACGGCAGUUCCCAGGACCGAGCUGAUCAUUCCCCAGCUGCUGCUAUUCAGCCAAAUAGUUGUGGCAGCGGAGCCGCUGCUCCGAGGCCUGAAGAAACUCCCCGAAGACAUCGACUGGUCGUACUCAGGUACCCUGAACCAGCGCAGCUGGGGUAAGAAGUACCCGUCCUGUAACAGCGCCAGGCAGUCUCCCGUGGACAUCGACGAAACGUUUACCCAGGUUCGGCUGCAGUACCAAAACCUGCAACUAGAGGGCUGGGACCGACUGACGGCGGAGUCCAGCACCAUUCACAACAAUGGGAAGACUGUGGCCAUCAAUGUGGAAGGGGAGUUCUUUGUGAGUGGAGGAGGGCUGAGCUCCAGGUUUCGUGUCAGUAGGAUCACCUUCCACUGGGGCCGCUGCAAUGCAACGUCAGAUGGGUCCGAGCACAGCCUGAAUGGGAUGAAAUACCCUCUGGAGAUGCAGAUCUACUGUUACGAUCCAGAUGACUUUCAUAGUCUGGAUGAUGCGAUUAGGGAGGGAGGGAGGGUGGCUGCCUUGGUUGUGCUCUUUGAGAUCAGCCUGGACGACAACGAGAACGUUAAUCCAGUUGUUGAUGCCGUCAACACCGUCAGCAGGUUUGGUAAGAGCGGGUCAUUGGAAGCUUUCACCCUGCGCUCCCUGCUGCCCAACAACACAGAUAAAUAUUACAUUUACAACGGUUCCCUGACCGCUCCUCCCUGCUCUGAAACGGUGGAAUGGGUCGUCUUCAAACAAACCGUGGCCAUAUCAGAAACACAGUUGGAGGCGUUUUGUGAGGUGAUGACCAUGGAGCAGGCCGGAUAUGUGAUGCUGACAGAUUACCUCCAGAACAACUUCAGGGAGCAGCAGCAGCAGUUCAUGGGUCAGGUGUUUGCCUCGUACACCGGAGUGGAGGACGUGCUCACACCCACCUGCAGCUCAGAGCCAGAGAACGUUCAGGCCGACGCCCAGAACGACACCACCAUCGUGGUGACGUGGGAGCGUCCCCGCGUGGUUUACGACACCACCAUCGACUGGUACACCGUCACCUACCAGAGGCUGCAGGGCCGAGACCAGAGCAAGCAGGAGUACCGGACCGACGGGGACCAGGAUGUGGGUGCCAUCAUUUCCAGCCUGCUGGCCAACAGCAGCUACGUGGUUCAGGUGGUGGCUAUUUGUACCAACGGACUCAGAGGACGAUGGAGCGACCAGAUUAUAGUGGACAUGCCGCUGGAAGACCCUGAAAGUGAUUCGGAUCCUGACGCAGGCACAAAAGAUUUGGACGACAACAGGGAGCUCUCAUCUAAAUCCAGAUGGGGGAAGCCUGAGGACCAAAAUCAGGUGGAUUUGUCUCCAGAGGACCACAGCCCUGUGGAGGAGAUCCCAGUGGAGCAGACCAGAGUUUACCAGAACCAGCCUACACGCCACCAGGACCAACCGAGAGACCAAACCCAAGCGAACCAGAACAUCCCGGUCCAGUUCAGCACCCGUUCAACCCCAAAGCCUUCCUCUGAUUCUGCAGUUCUGCAGAAAACUCGACUCAACCAGACUGUGAAAAAGAAACCAGGCCGAAACAGGUCUAAACCAGAUGAUAUGGAUCAGAACUGGAUUGAUCAGGACAGGAGGAUCCCAGCACACCGGACCUUUACUAAUGCGGGUUUUGACAGCAAUGGUGCGAUCUGGGUAACUGAGGUAACUGAACAGCCGGGCUUCCUGUUUCCAGUUGCUCGGACCACAACGCUGCCGACGAUCCACAGACAGAUCACAGAAGAGGCUUCACUGGCAGUGCUGCCACAUCAGUCGAGAGAUCCCAUUCCACCAGACCAAGCUGGUGAAAGUGGCCUCCCCUCUGCCCAGUCCGAGCUCUACACCCCUCCUGUGGAGGAAAUCCAGGUCACAGAUAUCUUCUAUGAAGACACAGUCAACAACUUCCCAUCGGACACCACCACCACAUCGGCUGCAUCAGAGUAUCCUGCCGCUGUGCUGCCAGGUGAUAAAGUGGACAGAGUCUCCCUGCCAUCCUCUGAAGACGGCGACGCCCCUGUGAACAAACCCGUCCCAGAAACGCCCAAUUCAGUUUCCUCCUCCCCCUCCUCCCUCUGGAUCACAGCACGGGCGGCGACUCCCAGCAACACCCUCGCCGAAUCGGUCUACAAAACAUUCACCACCUCCUCUCUUCUCAGGGUGCUGAUGCACACGACGCAGCCCAUGUUCACCGAGGGCAGCAACAGCAGUCAUGAGUCUCGGGUCGGGCUGGUCGGAGGCCUGGAGAGGGAGAAGAGGACGGUCGUUCCUCUGGCUGUCGUCUCCACUCUCACCAUCCUCUGUCUGAUGGUACUGGUGGGCAUACUCAUCUACUGGAGAAACUGUUUCCAGGCGGCUAAUUUCUACCCAGAUGACAGUGCAUCACCUAAAGUCAUAUCUGCUCCAUCUACACCCCUACUGCUGGCCACAGACGGUCACGAGCCACUGACAGUGAAGCAGUUUGUGAAGCACGUCAUGGAGCUCCACACCACCAACACCUUCUUCAAGGAGUUUGAGAUUGUCAAAGAAUCCUAUGAGGAGGUGCAAGCUUGCACAGUGGACAUGGGCAUCACCGCCGACAGCUCCAAUCACCCCGACAACAAAAGCAAGAACAGAUACAUCAACAUCCUGGCCUACGACCACAGCAGAGUGAAACUGUCCAGCAGCUUGGACAGAGAUGGGAGAUGUGGCGACUACAUCAAUGCUAACUUUGUUGAUGGUUACGAGCGAACGCGGGCGUACAUCGCAGCUCAGGGGCCUCUGAGAGCCGGCAGGGAGGACUUCUGGAGGAUGAUCUGGCAGCAGAAUGUCGGAGUUAUCGUCAUGAUCACCAACCUGAAGGAGAAAGGACGGACAAAGUGUGACCAGUACUGGCCGGAGGAGAACCAGGAGGAGUAUGGCCCGUACCAGGUGACCCUGAAAAGCAGCCAGACCCUGGCUUACUACACCCUGCGGACGUUCACUGUCAGAGACACCACAAAUAAGGUGUCACACAGGAGAGUUGAACACACAGUGCUGCAUUACCACUACACCCAGUGGCCGGACAUGGGCGUCCCAGAAUACACUCUGCCUGUCCUGUCCUUCAUCAGAGCGUCCUCCCGGGCCCGGACGCAGGAGAUGGGACCUGUCCUGGUUCACUGCAGUGCUGGUGUUGGAAGGACAGGAACCUACAUAGUGAUUGACAGCAUGCUGCAGCAGAUCCAGGAUCAGGGGACGGUCAACGUUCUUGGUUUCCUAAAACAUGUCCGGACUCAGAGGAACUUCCUGGUUCAGACAGAGGAGCAGUACGUGUUCAUCCACGAUGCUCUUGUGGAAGCCAUCUUGAGCCGUGACACCUCGGUGACCUCUGACCACCUCCACACCUACGUGUCUGACCUCCUGACCCCCGGGGCGUCAGGCAGGACACGCAUGGACAAACAGUUCAAAUUGAUCAGUCAGCGUCAGGCGAAGCACGCAGACUACAGCACUGCGCUGAAGGAUGGCAACGCUGAGAGGAACAGAGCCAGAGCUCUGAUGCCCGUGGAGAGAUCAAGAGUGAGUCUGAGCACCUCUGAAACAAACUCCACAGGCUACAUCAACGCCUCCUACGUCAUGGGACGUCACCACAGUAAGGAGUUCAUCGUGAGCCAGACUCCUCUGAGCAGCACGGUGGCUGAUUUCUGGAGGAUGAUCUGGGAACACAACACACACACUGUAGUCCGUCUGCCAGACACACACUGUCAGAGUGAAGAGGCGGAGCGUUGUGUCUACUGGCCCAGUAAAGACCAGCCAAUGAGCUUUGAGGGUUUCAUUGUGUCGUACUCAGGGGAGGAGCAUGUGUGCUUGUCCAAUGAAGAGAAACUUUUGAUGCAGGACUUUGUAGUGGAGUCUCCACAGAACAAUUAUGUGUUGGAGGUGCGUCAGUACAGCGCCCCCUGCUGGCCAAACCCAGACAGUCCCAUCAGGAACAGCUUUGACCUGGUCAGCACAGUGAGAGAGCACAGCAGACACUCAGACGGACCCACAGUCGUACAUGAUCCGUUGGGAGGUGCCACAUCAGGGCUGUUCUGUGCUCUCACCACCCUGUCCAGCCAGCUGGAGGAGGAGGGGGCUGUAGACGUGUACCAGGUGGCUCGGAUGACCAACCUCAUGAGGCCCGGGGUGUUUAAUGAUAUAGAGCAGUACCAGUACCUGUACCGGGCUGUGCUGAGUCUGGUGAGCAGCCAGGAGGACCAGCGAGCCCUGCAGAGUCCCGAGACCAACGGAUCUGUACCACUGGGGCAGACCAACAUUGCAGAGAGCCUGGAGUCACUCAUGUAGACACACACACACACAUGCACAUUUAACACGCACAGAACACACAUCAUACAAGCACACGCACACAAACAACGGCACAGACCGAGUGAUGUGGUGACUGAGGUUCAGCCUGACGUGUGAACAGCUCUGUGUCUGUGGUUCACAGCUGUGUCCACUGAGCCUGCUGAUGCUUUCAUGUACAGCAUGUUAAUAACCUGACAACAUCAUCAUUCAAAAUCUAAAAUAAAGGUUAAUGAUCCAGGAUCAUCCAGUAAUCAAACACACUGUAGCUAUUGAGUCUGACAACAGUCUUUAUCGACACAUUUCUUAUCUGCUUCAGAAACUCACUGAACUCGUGAACACUGUCGGUGUUAGCGUUAGCAUGCACAGCAGACCGAGCUGCAGAAUCUACCACAGACACAUUUGUGGUGUGGUGACCAACAAGCCGACUUAACUUUCAUAGAGAAGAAGAAGGUACCACUUUCUAAUAAGGCAACCUCUAUAAGGGCUUCAUCAGUUGACUGACUGACUGACUGACUGACUGACUGACUGACUGACUGACUGAUCAUAAUUCCACCAUUGGUCAGCCGAAUGCUUUGUAGUUCACUUCACCUGUGCAUUGUGAACACAAAGCGUUCCAGAUUCACUCGACCUUUUGCCGUUGUGUUUUAGUCCCGCUAAAAUAUAUAGACAUAACCACGGCUGCUGGUAACGACCGGUGGACGAUGAACUCACAGAGCACAGAGAGCAGGAGAGGAGCAGACAGAUAAAGGGCUGAAACCAGCUGACACUAGGCUGACUGCAAACAGCCUGUAACACAGUCCAGCCAGAUGCCAAGUUUUGAGCAGUGUUGUUAUACAUCAGUUAGAAGCCAUUAUAUAAACAGUGUUUGGAUGAGCAGGCUGUGAAAUCUCUGGUCAAAAAGCCUGACCACUAACUUCUAGGAAAAAAAAAAGGGCUUCAGACGAUGUGGACCAAAACAAAAAAACAAAACAACAACAACAACAACAAAAAGAAUCAAAGUUGAUAAUUAAAACACUUCAUCAAUAACAUGUUGACUGUAUAAUUACAAAUGUGAUGACAAACCCAUGAGCAUUUAGGUUGAUUAUUAAAAAGUGGUACCAAACGAAACUUUACUGCCUUUUUUAGCAAAAACCUACAAAUAAUCUUAAGUGUGUAUCUGUUGCUGGUCAGCAUGGAGCCUGGAGCAGCAGAGCUUUGACAGUGUCUGAGAGGAGGCCAAACAUUAACGAACAAAACUCAGUAAAUAUAGAGUAAAUACAUAAUAAAAAUAUAAUUCCUAAUUUUGUCUCAUUUCGUCAAUUGUCAGUGUUUAAUUAACUAAUUAAAUGUUUCUUUUUAAUUCCAAUAACUUCUAUUUGAAUCUUUUCUUCAACAUUUAUUUCUUUUCUUCAUAGUUUCUCACUUUCAUUGUCUUGUUUUCCUUUGUUGUUUAUUUUUUUCUCGUUUAUUUUUCCCUUUCUUCUAGAAAUAAAUAUGAAUAAAAAUUCCAAACAGGAAAAACACAGCAAAUUAAAGCCAGAACAUUUGAGAAUACAAAUAAUUAUAAAUAAACACUAAUGACACUUGAACCAGAGGCAUUUUCACCAACCGGUUUUCCUAUAAGAUGUUUUAUGCACUGCACAUGAACCAGCUGCCGCAGACCCGUCUUUAGAAUAAUGUUUUAAUACCCCAGAUCUCUGAGGCCUCACUAGUGACAGUAAAGUGACCGCUGGUGUUUACUGCUCGUUGUCUUUGUCUCGUUGCCACUGGCUCCAUGGUCUCUGGUGCCCUGUGCCUUUUGUAAUACAUGUUAUUGUACUUUGAAUCUGUUUUGAUACAACAACUGUGUGACUAAUAUGCCAAAAUAAUGACGUGUGAUUUUUAUCUAUUUUCUUAAAGGGUAUCUCGUCGUCUCGUUUGCGCUCAUUGGUCUCGUUUGUAAAGGUCAGAGAGGAGAUGGAGAAAUGUCAGCAGACUCAGAUGUUCUGUUUAAAAUGCAACCUGGAAUUUAAAGUGAUAUUUCACCUAAAAUCAGACGUUCCUGUAGGUUUGAAUCGAUGUAAGUUGAUAAUGGGUUCUGAUGUUUUCAAAGUAGACAGAAAAUAUCUUGUAGCAGAAAAAUCAAACCAGAGGGAAAUCAUCACAGCAGCUGUGAGUGAGUUAAAGAGAGGAAGGAGCGGAAAGAAACACAAACGGCUGAACAAAGUGAUAUUAAUGGAGAUUUUCAGCUCUGAUAAACCUCAGUGGCUCAGACUGAAAAUGAAAUUCAGGAGCUGAGAGCUGCAGCUUCCUCUGCAUCCCUGUGCCACUUGCUAUGACUGUUUUCAUUUUUGAGGGGGUCCAAAUGUUUCCACUGCGUCAGACUAAAUCAAUCAACGUCUGAAUCACUUUCCAGCAGCGCUGCAGCUUGAAUCUGUGUCCCCACUGUAAACAGUUGUCUUGGGAAGCAGAAUCAUGAAGGCAGCUGCAGAUCUGUGUGUAAUCUGUCUCAACUCUUUCUGUGUAAAUAUCCCUGAAUACAUCAUAAGGCCAAAUUACUGUAUGUUUAUAUUGUACCUCUAUAUAUUUUCUAUUUUACUAUAAGAGGUGAUUUUCUAGUCAUUUACACAUAUAUAACUGUGUGGAUUCUAUUUGAUAAUUUUAGCCUGGAAAUAUUGAUCAUGUUUAUAGUUUUAAUGGAAUGUUUCUCUUUUUAUCUUCAUGAUUAAGUAGCAGCAUAAUGUCUACACCUUUAUCUCCAGAUGUAAACUGGUGCAGUAUGUAUAUAGCAACAAAAUUAAAGAUUUGAUUCAAACCUUG